AUGAUUGCGCAGUGGUGUCUGGCCUACCUGUCAUCACCGGAGGGCUUAAAAGCGUUAAAGCGCAUGAAGUCACGAGAAAUGCCAUUGGGCUGUGUGGUACUGUCAGCGGGUCGCGCGAAUUCGGACGUGGACUUGCUCCAGACUGUCGUGUCCUCAGUAUACGCAAGCUUUAAGGCGAGAUGGUCAGGUUUCCGCGUGAAAAACGUAAAUAGCGGUAUGGAAAAGCCUAAGAUUCUAUUGGUGCAGAAGAAGGACGGCGCAGACGCUGGCCACUUGUACGCUAUGAAGGUUCUGAAGAAGGAGUGGGUGAUGAACAAGGACCUGGUCACGCAGACGAUGGCAGAGCGCCGUAUCCUACAAGAGGCUGACCACCCGUACAUCGUCCAGCUGAAGUACGCCUUCCAGAACCAGGACAAACUAUACAUGGUCAUGGAGUACUACAGCGGUGGCUCUCUUCGUCAGGUGCUGCGACGUCGUGGUCGCUUCAGUAUCAAGCGCGCUCGGUUUUAUCUGGCCGAGAUCCUGCUCGCUAUCGCGCAUCUGCACGCGUCGAACAUUCUGUACCGCGAUUUGAAGCUGGAGAACAUUGUAAUUACUGCGGACGGCAAUGUGGCGUGUACGGACUUUGGUCUGUCGAAGGAGGAGAUGGAUGACAAUGAAAGGACGAGUUCGUUUGUGGGCACGUGCGAGUACUUGGCGCCCGAGUUGAUUAUGAAGGAAGGCUACGGCAAGGCUGUGGACUGGUGGGCGCUGGGUAUUUUGGCGUACGAGAUGAUUCAGGGCGACUCGCCGUUUCGUCACAAUGUGCCAACUAUUCUGUUUGACAAGAUUUUGAAGGAGGAGCCGGAGUUCAGUGAUCGUUUUACUCCGGAAGCUCAGGAUCUGAUUAUGAAGCUGCUGACGAAAGACCCGGAGAACCGUCUUGGCUGUGGACCUGACGGCGUUGAGGAGAUCAAACAGCAUCCGUUUUUUGCAGAAAUUGACUGGGAUAAACUACUGCAGAUGGAGAUGGAAGUCCCACGUCCUCCGCAUCGCAUGGAGGACGUGACUGAUGAGAGUCACCUAUCUCGCGCUAUUGCUAAGAUGCGUGAGGCACGUGAAGAGAUCAUGCCGGACUCGCCCGUGUCGCUGCCGUCGUCCCCGUCUGAACAGAAGCACUUUGACCGCUUCUCGUACCAAGGACUGGGAGACUGGAAACCAGAGAUGGCUGACAUGGAUUUUGAUGAAGAGACGGGCGACUUCAAGCAAGGAACCAUCCAUGAAGACGAAGAGUUCGUUGAGGAGGACUACAUUGAGGAGCCUGGCGAUGGAGACGGUGUGCCGUUGUCUCCUGGCUCGAAGCAGAACUCGAUGACGUCUUCGAAGACGUCUCCGUCCAAGGCUAAUGGAUCAGAUACUCCUCCAGCUUCGAGCUCGGCUGCUUCGGCAUCCCCGAGGAGUCCACAGAGCGUGGGUAGUCCUGGCAGUCCUCCACCUGUGCCUAUGAGCCCCGGUAGUCCGGAAGGUUCCGCGCCGUGUACGCCGACAGAGCCACAGUCCCAGACCAUUUAGGGAACAGCAUUCAUGGGUAGGCAGGGAGAUACAUACAGGACCGAGUGUGGGUGUAAAUGCAUGAAGAUGGUUGGGAAAUCACAUGAAGGGUGA